AUGGUGCAAAACGGAGACAUGCAGAACAGGGAAAUGACAGAGAGAAUAGGGCUCAGGGAAGAGCUAGAACAUGUCCUCUUGAUGGAGCAACAACACCCAAGGCUUUCUCUAUUAGCUUCUCCUGCCAGCUUGUGCCAAUGCAAGGCAAAAUCUUCAUACCUACUAGCUUACCAAGCCUUUGAGGCAGCCAUUGCUGAGCUGGACACUUUGGGUGAGGAGUCUUACAUAGAUAGCACUCUCAUCAUGCAACUGCUGAGGGACAAUCUCACCCUCUGGACUUCUGACAUGCAGAGUGCCUAUUAUGUUGCUACUAUAAUGGGUAUUGACGAACUUUAA